GCGGGCGGCGGGAGACGCUCUGUCCCACGCUCGCCCGGUGCUCGGUGGUUUAAAGAUGGCGGCGGCAGUGGCGGCGUUGGGGGCACGGAUCCGCCAGAGUGGGUGGGAAAAGGAGACUCUGUGAGUCGCCGAGAGCUAGCGCGGCGGCUGUGUGAAGAGUCCUGGUGCGGAGCUGCCGGCGGCCGGGCCCUGAGCCAGGGCAGAAACAACAGACCUGGGCCGCGCCAGGAGCCUGAGGCCGGAGCGGAGGAGGAAUGUGACCAGGGGUCGGUGGGGGCGCGGGAGUACGCGAGCGCAGGGAUGGGGCAGCAGGUGGGCCGCGUCGGGGAGGCUCCGGGGCUCCAGCAGCCUCAGCCUCGCGGGAUCCGGGGCAGCAGUGGAGCCAGGCCCUCCGGUCGCAGGCGGGAACCGGCAGGGCGCACCACCGAGACCGGCUUUAAUAUCUUCACCCAGCAUGAUCACUUUGCCAGCUGUGUGGAGGAUGGAUUUGAGGGAGACAAGACUGGAGGCAGUAGUCCAGAAGCUUUGCACCGCCCCUAUGGUUGUGAUGUUGAAUCCCAGGCACUGAAUGAAGCCAUCAGGUGGAGCUCCAAGGAGAACUUACUUGGAGCCACUGAGAGUGACCCUAAUCUCUUUGUUGCACUUUAUGAUUUUGUAGCAAGUGGUGAUAACACACUCAGCAUUACUAAAGGUGAAAAGCUGCGAGUCCUUGGUUACAACCAGAAUGGUGAGUGGAGUGAAGUUCGCUCUAAGAAUGGACAAGGUUGGGUGCCAAGCAACUACAUCACUCCAGUAAAUAGCCUGGAAAAGCAUUCCUGGUAUCAUGGACCAGUGUCACGCAGUGCAGCAGAGUAUCUACUCAGCAGCCUAAUCAAUGGCAGUUUCCUGGUGCGAGAAAGUGAGAGCAGCCCUGGGCAGCUGUCCAUCUCGCUCAGGUACGAGGGCCGUGUAUAUCACUACAGGAUCAAUAGCACCGCAGAUGGCAAGGUGUAUGUGACUGCUGAGAGCCGUUUUAGCACCUUGGCAGAGCUUGUUCACCAUCAUUCCACAGUGGCUGAUGGGCUGGUGACAACAUUACACUACCCAGCACCCAAGUGUAAUAAGCCAACAGUCUAUGGUGUGUCUCCCAUCCAUGACAAAUGGGAAAUGGAACGAACAGAUAUUACCAUGAAGCACAAACUUGGGGGCGGUCAGUAUGGAGAGGUUUAUGUUGGUGUCUGGAAAAAGUAUAGCCUUACAGUUGCUGUGAAAACAUUGAAGGAAGAUACCAUGGAGGUGGAGGAGUUUCUAAAAGAGGCUGCAGUGAUGAAGGAAAUCAAGCAUCCUAAUCUGGUCCAACUAUUAGGUGUGUGUACUUUGGAGCCACCAUUUUACAUUGUGACUGAAUACAUGCCAUACGGGAAUCUGCUUGAUUAUCUCCGAGAAUGCAACCGAGAAGAGGUGACUGCAGUUGUACUGCUUUACAUGGCCACUCAGAUCUCUUCUGCAAUGGAGUAUUUAGAGAAGAAAAAUUUCAUCCAUAGAGAUCUUGCAGCACGUAACUGCCUAGUGGGAGAAAACCAUGUGGUAAAAGUAGCUGACUUUGGCUUAAGUAGACUGAUGACUGGAGAUACCUACACAGCUCAUGCUGGAGCCAAAUUUCCCAUUAAAUGGACAGCACCAGAGAGUCUUGCCUACAAUACCUUCUCAAUUAAAUCAGAUGUCUGGGCUUUUGGGGUACUGUUGUGGGAAAUUGCUACAUAUGGAAUGUCACCGUAUCCAGGUAUUGACCUGUCUCAGGUCUAUGAUCUGCUGGAAAAAGGAUAUCGAAUGGAGCAGCCUGAGGGAUGUCCUCCUAAGGUUUAUGAACUUAUGAGAGCAUGCUGGAAGUGGAGCCCUGCGGACAGGCCCUCUUUUGCUGAAACCCAUCAAGCUUUUGAAACCAUGUUCCAUGACUCCAGCAUUUCUGAAGAGGUAGCUGAGGAGCUCGGGAGAGCUGCCUCCUCCUCAUCUAUUGUUCCAUAUCUGCCCCGAUUACCUAUACUUCCUUCCAAAACUCGGACGCUAAAAAAGGCGGAGAACAAGGAGAACAUUGAAGGGGCACAAGAUGCCACAGAAAAUCCUGCUUCCAGUUCAGCACCAGGGUUCAUUAGAAGUACACAGACUGGAGGGUCCCCAGCCCUGCCUCGAAAGCAAAGAGAUAAGUCACCCAGCAGCCUCUUGGAAGAUGCCAAAGAGACAUGCUUCACCAGGGAUAGGAAGGGAGGCUUCUUCAGCUCCUUCAUGAAAAAGAGAAAUGCUCCCACACCCCCUAAACGCAGUAGCUCCUUCCGAGAAAUGGAGAAUCAGCCUCAUAAGAAAUAUGAACUCACGGGUAACUUCUCAUCUGUUGCUUCUCUACAGCAUGCUGAUGGGUUCUCUUUCACUCCUGCCCAGCAAGAGACGAAUCUGGUGCCACCCAAGUGCUGUGGGGGGAGCUUUGCCCAGAGGAAUUUCUGUAAUGACGACAGUGGUGGGGGUGGGGGCAGUGGCACUGCUGGGGGUGGGUGGUCUGGCAUCACAGGCUUCUUUACACCUCGAUUAAUCAAAAAGACACUGGGCUUACGAGCAGGUAAACCCACAGCCAGUGAUGACACUUCCAAGCCUUUUCCAAGGUCAAACUCUACAUCUUCCAUGUCCUCAGGGCUUCCAGAGCAGGAUAGGAUGGCAAUGACCCUACCCAGGAACUGCCAGAGGUCCAAGCUCCAGCUGGAAAGGACAGUGUCCACCUCUUCUCAGCCAGAAGAGAAUGUGGACAGGGCCAAUGACAUGCUUCCAAAAAAAUCAGAGGAAGGUGCUGCUCCAACCAGGGAGAGACCAAAAGCCAAACUGUUGCCCAGAGGAGCCACACCUCUUCCUCUGAGAACCCUCUCUGGGGACCCAGCCAUUACAGAGAAGGACUCUGCAGGGAUAGGAGUGGCUGGAGUGGCAGCUGCCCCCAAAGGCAAGGAGAGGAAUGGUGGGGCCCGACUUGGGAUGGCUGGAGUCCCAGAGGAUGGAGAGCAGCCAGGCUGGUCUUCUCCAGCCAAGGCUACAGCCAUCCUCCCUACCACCCACAACCACAAAGUGCCAGUCCUCAUCUCACCCACCCUAAAACACACUCCAGCUGACGUGCAGCUCAUCGGCACAGACUCUCAGGGGAAUAAAUUCAAGCUCUUAUCUGAGCAUCAGGGCACAUCCUCUGGAGACAAGGACCGACCCCGACGGGUAAAACCAAAGUGUGCCCCACCCCCACCACCAGUGAUGAGACUACUGCAGCAUUCGUCUGUAUGCCCAGACCCCGGAGAAGAGCCUCCUGCAGGACAGCCCAUGUCAGAAAUACAGGAAGGAGGGAAAAAGGCAUCUCCAGGGGCAGUGCCUGUAGGUGGGAAAGCUGGGAGGCCAGUGAUGCCUCCGCCUCAAGUGCCUCUGCCCACACCUUCCAUCUCGCCAGCCAAAAUGGCCAAUGGCACAGCAGGUACUAAAGUGGCUCUGAGAAAAACCAAACAGGCGGCUGAGAAAAUCUCAGCAGACAAAAUCAGCAAAGAGGCUCUUCUAGAAUGUGCUGACCUACUGUCCAGUGCAAUCACGGAACCUGUGCCCAAUAGCCAGCUGGUAGAUACGGGGCACCAGCUGCUCGACUACUGCUCAGGCUAUGUGGACUGCAUCCCUCAGACUCGAAACAAGUUUGCCUUCCGUGAGGCCGUGAGCAAACUGGAACUCAGCUUGCAGGAGCUGCAGGUAUCUUCAGCAGCUGCCGGUGUGCCCGGGGGAAACCCUGUCCUUAAUAACUUAUUGUCAUGUGUACAGGAAAUCAGCGAUGUGGUACAGAGGUAGCCACUGUCUGCCUAGUGGGAGGAUGCACACAUUUCUGAGGGGAGAGGGAAAGGGACUUGUUUUCCUGUGUUCCUAUUUUCAAAUUGAAAGACUGAUACUUGAGUGUGUUUAAGUGAAGUACCUCAGAUCCCUGAGUUCUCACGUUUACAGGUUCAUCUCAAAAGUAACAAAAGCAAAUCACAUUAUAUAGGAGAUAUAAAUUGGAUGGGGGAAAGGCAGCAGUGGACAAAAUUGGAAACUGCACUGGAAAAUCAGGGAGAAAGUUUGUUUCAUAAAGAAAGAAAUGCAGCCCAUCCCUACUUGGAACCAUGUGAAAUGCUAGACUGGGCUGCUCCCAGUCAUUCUGUACCACAAAAGAGGGCAUUGACCUGGGGCUCUGGUAGGUACUAAGAGUGAUCACCUAACAGAUUUGGUGGGAGGGAAGAAAGGAAAACUGGGAAUGUAUCCAGAGGUUUGUUCAAGGCUGUUGGAAGCAGCUUCUUGCCUUGUUUCCAUGGGUCAUUACUAUUGUAUUAAGAACUGCAGAUAAGAUUGCUAGAAUGAAAUGGAAAUGUGGCCCUGUCUGUGAUUCACCUUGAUGUAUUAGUUGUUGCAGGAAGUAAAGAAUGCUGGGAAGUUCAGUCAGGGAGAUUGAAACCUCCUUCUAAAAUCUGACAUUGAUUAGCAGUCACGUCUCCCAGUCUACUGUAUUAUUUCCUAAUGGACCAGUAUUGACUUUCUGCUUAUUGGUGGCUAUCUGUAAACCAUAGGUAUAGGAGUCUCCUUGGUGUUUCUUCCUGGGCAGGCUGUCUUCCUUUAUUUUUGGCAGCAUACAGGGCAUUAACCAACAUUGAUUUUGAAAAUAGUGGUCACUACAGGUUCUCAUUGGGAAGUCUUUCCUGACACAGUGCCCCUGCAUACUGACUACUGGCAAAGGACUUGAGCAGCUCUAUAUUUGUCAACUAAAAUACAGUACUAAGGUGCUGAUCCCUUCUUGAAAGGGACAGCCAGGUCCAGAGCCCCAUGACUGAGAGAAAAAGUUGCCUUGGUGAUAAUGGCUGUUUUUCUGUUCUUUUCUCCUCCUUUAUCAUCUUACUCCCAAUGUGGGUAGAAAGUUGGAGAAGGCAUUUUCUCUCCCUAUGUGCUUGAAUUACCCUCUUAUUAUUCUCACAGGCUUUUCUCCUCUCAAAUUUCUGUCCCCGUGCCCAUCAUGUUUGUUUGUAUAGUUCAUAUUGGGGAUAUUUUUUAUUUAUUUUGUCAUUUCACCUCUCUUCUAUGAGUGCAUAAUUUAGGGAGUAGGUCAUUUUCAGGGAGGACCAGUUAGAUCCUGGAAACCUAAUGACAACUCUUAAGUUUAUUUUGCACUUGAAAAAUAGGCCUUUUCCUUUCCUACUCAGUUAUAAUUGUGGAAGCUAAUUAGGAAGGAACUGAAUCGAAUGGAUAAUAUAUUACUGAUGUUCUUAGUGUUGUGUCUAAUUUCAGUUAUUUCAUUGUUUUUUUUUAAAGUUCUAUAACCCCACAUACAUACACACACACUCUCUAAAGAGAACCCAAUAAAAAUGUUUUUUCUCUCAAAGGGAUGUUAGCCUAGGAAGAUAGGAAUUCAACACUGAGCUUUGAGCUUUCUCCCUGGCUCUGUCAUCCAUCCACUGUUAAGCCAUAGCUCCAUCUCUUGAUCUAUUGAAUGAAAGUAACAGAACCACAUGUUCUCAAGGGUAUUUUGCAAAUAAGUGUAUCAGCUACCCCUUUGAGAGCCUCUCUGCAAAAGCUCUUUAAUGCAGUAUUGUUAUGUUGAAUUUAUCAUUCUCUUCUUUGCUGAGUAAUAGAAACUAAAGAAAUUUGGAACUGCUGAGCUUAUAUUAAUCAGGGUAGCAUAGUAAAGGGGAAACUAUAUUUGGGUGUCUUUGACCAAGGAAGAAAUUGUUUUUGUUAGAAAGAAAGGACACUUUGAUUCUUCUUAUCAUUGCUGCUUCAGAGGAGGCCCAGGUUGAGAGGAGGAUUAGCAGGGAGGAGAUACUGGGCAUCCUGGCAGGUGUCAGGUGACCCUGCCAAUGUGGUACCUGCAGCUGAGAAUAGGCGGCUGGUGAUCAGGUUAACCUACCAGUCCUCCUUCCUACCUUCUUCGUUACCUCUCCCCUCAUCAGACCAUAAACUUGAACUGACUUUUAGCAGUUAGUCUUUUAAAAGUGGGGAGGGGAAAGCUAAAAUUUUAGAACAUUAUUAUGCUGCUUUUUAAGUUUAUCCCUGUCAUUGUGGAAUGCAAAGGGAUUACAAUUGUUUUCAGGAGAUUUUUUUUUUUAAAAGCAAAGGCUCUAUUUUUUUUCUAAGAGUUCUGAAAAUAAGCAUUGGGAAACACUACUGAGUGUAUUUCAGCUCCCUAGUUUUCUCACCGAAGAACAGUCUUAAAGGUGGUGGGUAGGGGCUCUGUCUUACUCAGGGACAGCACCUAGUUCUGUCUUGCACACAGUAGGUGCUCAGUAAAUUCAUAAAUUGAAUUGAUUUUUCUGUACACUGUCAUGAGUAAUAAGUAUUGUAGCAUACCAUCCACAUGAUCCUUGAACUGUGUAACUUCAGGAGUUGAGGGUUUAGGGUUCAGGUUAAAGAGGCACUGUCAACUUGCUAUAAAAGUAAAAUUUAGGUUUUUCCUUUUUCUACUUGAAAAGGAUUAGCCUAAAAAAACCUGAUGUAAAGAAAAUGUUUGACUCUAAAACAGAAAACUGCUUCUAGAAACUUACAGUUUAAUUGUAUCCAGUCUGAAAGCAGAUAGCAAGAGAAAAAGCUUUUGUACAGUGUUGACAAAUUUUUAAAUUGGAUAUAUCUGUCCAUCUAUAUAUAUAUAUAUAUAUGCCACAGCCUGAUUGUUUUCAUGAACAGAUAAUGUGAUUACAAUUUAGAUUUCCCACCUUAAAAAUGCUGUGUUUCAUGUUGGAUACAUCUUGAUUGUACUUAACACAAAGUAUUCUCUUAAAAGACGGUGUAAAAUUAAAAUAUUUACAUUUUCCUGCACACUCCAAUCGUGAUUUUCAGAGAUUUAGCCUUAAAAAACUCUUGCACAUGUUCUUACAGUACACUGACAUCAGUACGAAGCUAUUGGGUCUGGUAUGCAAAAAAUUUAUUUAGUGUUUUUCUAGAUGACCUCUAUACAUAGCGAUCGUUGUCGUGGAAACCCUUUCCAGCACUCGGAGAGGCUGAGGCAGGAGGAUUGGAAGUUGGAACCCAGCAACUUAAUAAUUUAUUGAGAUCCUGUCUCAAAAUUUAAAAAAGGACUGGGAUAUUUCUCAGUGCAAAGGCUUUGGGUCCAUUUCCUUGUACUGUAAAAAAUAAAAGUUUAAAUUAGGAAUUUUCUUACAAUUCAGUUGAAAACUUUAUUCUCAGUUAAUAAAACAUGCUGACUUUGCUAAGGCAUAACCCAUAUUUAUUUAACUAAAGUCAGGGGGCUUUUGAGAUUAAAGGAUGCAGUUUAGAUACUGGUCUGGUGUUCAGGCUCGCUCUACAGCCAUUCUAGGAAGCAACUUUUUAAACCUCCCUUGGCCUCAGUUUCCUCAUUGUAACACAGGGAUAAAUAGUCACUAUCUCAGGGUUGUUGUAAGGAUUAAAUAAAAUAAAAGUUUAUAAGAUUCUUAGCUCAAGUGCUUGGCACACAAUGAGCACUCCAUAAAUGCUAACUGCUAAUAAUACCUAAUCCAGAAAUGUGCAACGGAAUCCCUUAAGGAUUAAAAAAACCCUGAUUAAAUAGCCCCACCCCAGAUCAGAAUUAACAAUGGAAUGAAGUCUUGGUCGGUGUGUUUUCCAAGGAUCUCUCCAUGUGUACCAGAAAGCUCACAUUGUUUGAAAACUAUUGAUAUCUUUUUCUUAAUAGGUUAUGAAACUAGAGAUGUUUAAGUUACUAGUAUUAUCCAAAAGAGUUUGUUAGUGACAGAGCUGAGGUUAGAAUUCGGGUCUCCUGACUUCUGGUUAUGGGAUCUUUCCAACAUGCCUGCUGCCUUGUGAAACACUGCAAAAAAAAGUGGCUCAGCUAGACAAUCAGUCUGCAAUCUGCACACUUCUAAAGCACAUGCUCCCAGCACAGUCUAACCUUAAGGGGCUUGAAUGUUGAAUAAUGGCGACACUAGCAAAAGAAGCAUUCAGGAGAACUCAGUAAUUUAAAAGAUUAUAUGGGGCAUUCUUUUGGACUGACCUUAGCAACACAGAGUCCUGCACUUUGUAGUAAGGAAAUAACAACAAGUUUAAAAACAAACUAGUCCUACAUUCCUUUUUCUUAAAAUAUUGUUCAGUAUCAUUUUAGUGACUGUGAGAUAAUGUACAUGAAAGCACUUUGAGAGAGUAUCUAAUAUAACUAUAAAGUUGUAUUAUGAAUGUCUGUGUAGAAGAUAAAACAUUGGAUUAGAGGAUGAUUGACUUAAAGACUUUUACCUGUGUGGGACCUGAAACUGCAGAUAUAUAAAGCAUCACCUCUGUAAUUUAUCACAUUUAUAAAUAUAAAAACUAUAGUGUUUUGCUAAAGUUGUUCAUGCUGAAUAGCUUCACAAAAAUAGGGACCAACUUUUUGGCUUAAUUCUGAUCUUUAAAAGCAGUAAAGAGUAUUCACUUCAGAAUAGAGAAGCUCUUUCAAGGACCUUAACUCAAGAAGGAUGAAGCCCUCUUACUCUUGAACAUUUAUUUCUCCCUACACAGCCAUUAACAUCUUAAAUGUGGUAGGGGCAGACUUGUUACCUGUUGGUGUUGACAGUGUCUUUUUAAACCUAUGUCCUGCGUAGUUCUGUGAGAGUUUGGGAGAGGAGGUAGGGAAGGAGGCUGGAUGGCCAUAGAACCAGUGCACUUGCAUUUUUGCUUUUAUAGGAUUUCCCACUAGAAAAUGGCAUUGACGUUUAUCAUCUAUGGUAUCUUCAUUCUAAAAUGAGUAGCUGAACUUAAUCCGCUUGUUAGAUUAUGAAAUACUCAAGAAUAAAUGGCAGUGGUGGCUCCUUUUGAGUUACAGCUACACUACAUCCUUACCUCUCUUACUCCUUUCCAUUUUUGCUACUGAUGUCAUUAGCAGGCUAUGCCUCCAAUAGGAGUUCAUAUUGGCCUGACAGGGUUGUCUAUAUUUUUGUUUCUGGUGAUUUUUGGGUUUUGUCAUCUUGCUUGCAUUAACUUGCUCUACCUGGUUCUGGGGUCCAUCUCUGCCUGAAGCAUGUAAUGGUCAGUACUUCUUUCAGAGGUAGGUCUCUGGGCUUAAGUUUCCUCUCUUGGGUUGAAAGACUCCCACUGUAUCUCUGUCUUAGUUUCUGCCAAGCCAGUAGCUGAGCACCUUUGAAAAUUCUUGCUUCAGCUUGGAAUUUGUGGGCUACUCCAAGGGAGCGUCUGUUUGCUGACAGGCUUGACAUAGGCAGCCCAAGGGUCCCUGCACCUUCCAUGUGACAGCUGGGGAAAAUGCUGCUAGCUGUAGCCUCACUAGUCAAGAGGUGAGGCCUUGGGCUGCUUUAAAAUCUGUUCUUUAACAGUCAAAGGUCUCUUCAUUAUUUGGAAUGAGUUCCAGUUUUCCAGUUACUAGACUUUUAAAAAUUGAAUGCAAGACUAGCUUUUGGCGUUGUGGGGGAGCAAGUCAGUAGUCCCUGGAGUAACAGUUAUCUGCCCUGUUCAGCACAACUACAGUUGGCAAACUUCACUGCCAUUCACUCCGCUCACCUGUUGCUAAGGAAGCAUGGGUAGGUUUCAGGGCCAUGGAUCAGGCUGCUGCAGAACAGUCACUCAGGGGAGACACUCAGCUCCAGCUUGUCUUUGGGAAGGCUUAUUGAAAUGUCCAGCUCAUGUGUUUCUGUUCUGGGGCUGCUGUUCUCUGUGCCACCCACCUGCGUCACGUGGUCUGUCUUGAGUGUAUUUAAGAUGAGAGUUCCAUGUCUGACUUACUAUCUUAGAUCCAAAGGCCAGGAUUUAGGAAGGGCUCUACCCUGUGUAAUCAGGGUAAGAAGUUUCUCUGGUUCUCCUUGGGUAAGGAGGCCGACAGCAGGUUAGUUUGAUUCUAAGCUGACUUGGGGUGGCAGAGGUCACCCGUAGAGAUUUGUGCCUUCAAAGAUGGGUUUCUGAGUCUUGCAAAGGAAAAGUGUUGUCUGCUGGGUUGAUUUUGCAUUAAGUGUUGAAUUAGAUCUGGUAGAAAUGCGCUUCACUGGGUCUCAGCCUAUGUCAGUGACUGCCCCACUUGAGGUGUUUUCCUCACACAGAAUGCUGAUGUGGCAGGUUGCUGCACUUUUCUCAAUCCUAUUUGGAGCUGAGGGAAGGGUGCUGUCAUUGGUUCCUUCCCUCCCUCCUUCCAAAUGCACUUACUUCUUUGCUCCUAUGUACAACUAUAAAUUUGAAAUUGUUUACCUCUCCUAGAAAAGUUGUAUCUUUUAACUUCUCCAUUGCUGAGCGACCUGAACACAGUAGCAGAGUCCUUUUAACAUGGACAGAGGUAACAGAUGUCAUGUUGAGUGUGUCUUCAGACUUGCAGACCACCUAAAAGAUGCAUGGAUGGAUGGAUGGAUGGAUGGAUGGAUGAUCUCUACUGUAAGUUGAAAGACUAAGCACAACUCUGUCCUUAGACCAUACCACAUUCAAGGCAGAAUUAUGAUAUCUAAAUUCUGUCCUGUGGGGUUUUUUGUUCAUCGUUGUACGUACAACAGCAAGUUUUAGGGUCCUGCAUAUGACUAAGCUGCUGAGCUGUGUGCAUAGAGGACUCUGAGCAGGCUGUGAGCCCUUUAGGACAUGUUGCAGGCAAAUUCAAAUGCUAGCAAGCUUUAUGAUAGGAAAUACAGGGAGUUUUGUGGUUGGAAAUUGAUUAGAUUUGCUUCUGAGCCUCCAAAUAGGAGUUUUAAAUCAUUUAGGUAUCACAAAAUUUAGCUGGAGAUUGGGACUUGGGGUUAAUAAAAUUUUGACAUCUGGGUACCUAAUUUUUGCCAUUAUAACACAAAAAGAAUAAAGAGGUAGGCCAAAUUUAUUCUUGAUUUAGAAGAUACUGCAGUACACUGCAAUGCUUCAGAGUUAUCAAUGAAAAAAUCCCAAAUACUGCUCAAUUUUAUUUCCAAGAACCAUACCAUGUAUUGUGAGUGGCAAAAAUGCCAGGAGACAGAACUGCUUCUGAUAGGUGAGGGACAGAUAAGACAGCUUUCUUCCAUUUUGACAGCCUGUUUUUACUGUAGCCACUUAGGACUCCAUUAUGAAAAGCAUUUUCUGAGAUCUUGAGACAUUACCUUGAUUAGCCAGGCAAAUUAGUACUCAGAAACUAUAAAGGAUAAUGAGGUACUCACCCUUAUAGUUCUUCGGUGCAUAUAUUUGAAAACCCGUUAGGGAAAUUAAAAACCAUCACAGGGCCAGGCAUUUAGCUCAGUGGCACUGCACCUGCCUCACAAAUGCGAGGUCCUGAGUUCGACCCCCCAUACAAAAAAAACCCCAUCACAUCUCAUCUACAUGAAGGUAUACAUUUAUGUAAGUGCACAUAUGCUCUUGCUGUGCCCAUUAAGAAGAGGGGGAAUGAGUGAAAGAGGAGUAAAUCACAUCUUUCUUUGUAGUGGACAGAAGCAGUGGCAUGACUGGUGUGUUGGCGGACUGAGCUAUUAAUGCAGAUGCAACCCCAGUCUCCCUUGUAGACCCCACACUUUGCCUUCUUGCAAUCUGAUUGUGUAAUGACUAUCAGUGGAGAAACCCCAGUUUUGCGCUUUCUUGGUAAAAAUGUUUGAACACUUCAUGAUGAAUAACAGAACCUUGUCCUAAAACAUGCCAAUUCAAAUUCUUUAAAACUCAUUUAAUGUUUAUACCAAAGGUUGUGCUCUGCAGGUGUAUGUGGUGCAGAGGGUGAGGUCUGGAGCAUUGGGCACUGUGUGCAUUGCUAAGAGGACACAGUACACAGUGAGACAAAGUGGGAUUUAACUGCGUCAGUCAUGGGUCACACUACCAGUUUUGUCAGGUAUUUGUUCUUAAUUGUUAUUGUAAUAUAUUUUCAGUUGCUUUGUUUUUCUAAUUUAAUUCUCUCACUCUGUUGUCUGACUGUGAACUGCUAACAGUGUUAAACUUGAUGUAAAUAAAUGAUGCCCUUGAAAGGGACCGCUCUC